AAGUGUACGAAGUGUCAGUGGUACUACUACUGUACUAGGAUAAUAAAAAGGAGUUUUAAAAGGAAGUCCGGUGCCGUUUGGGUUUGAUUUCUGGAGAGAAGAGAAUGUUUGUUGAAAUAAAAAACAUGAACUCAAUUUCUUCUUCUUCUUCUUCUUCUUAUUCAUCAUCAACCAAAGUGAUGAAUAAGCCACUUUCCCAAUCAUCACUUUUCAGUCUCCGAUACUACAACUGCAACUGCAACUGCAACAACAUCUCUUCAUCUUCAAUUCCUUUUCAUUCAAACUUCCCACCUAAUAAUAUUCGGUUGGCGGUGGUUUCGAGCUCCAGACUUCCUCUGAAAUGUGCUUCUUCAUCCACUAACUUCUCCGAUCCCACACCGAAUCACUCUUCUCACCCCACCAAGCCGGUGAAGCAAAGUUUUCUAUCUAUAUUAGACAUCCUGAAGAACUCAAAUUCACUUUUGCCUCCUGCUAUCGUUUCCAGUACACUGCUAGCUCUAAUCUUCCCACCUUCUUUAACGUGGUUUACUACAAGAUACUUUGCACCUGCAUUAGGGUUUUUGAUGUUCGCAGUUGGGGUCAAUUCAAGUGAAAAGGACUUCAUUGAGGCAUUUAAUAGGCCGGCAGAAAUUGCCACCGGUUAUUUUGGCCAGUUUGUUGUGAAGCCUCUUCUUGGAUAUCUGUUUUAUAUUAUUGCAGUAACUGUUUUUGGUCUACCAACAGGAAUAGGUGCAGGGAUGGUAUUGGUGGCUUGUGUUAGUGGAGCUCAGCUCUCAAAUUAUGCUACUUUUCUAACUGACCCAGAAAUGGCACCGUUAAGCAUAGUAAUGACAUCACUGUCAACUGCUUCUGCUGUUUUUGUCACACCACUCUUAUUACUGUUGCUCAUUGGGAAGAGACUGCCUAUAGAUGUAAAAGGAAUGGUGUUUAGCAUCACACAGAUUGUGGUGGUACCUAUCGCUGUUGGCCUGCUUCUAAAUCGCUUCUUUCCUCCUAUUUGCAAUGCUAUUCGACCAUUUUUGCCUCCACUCUCUGUGUUGACGGCAGCUAUCUGUGCUGGAGCACCACUUGCUCUUAAUGUUGAGUGUAUUAAAUCUCCCCUUGGAAUUUCUAUUUUGUUGCUUGUUGUUGCCUUUCAUUUGUCAGCUUUUAUAGCUGGCUAUAUGCUAAGUGGAUCUGUCUUCCGCGAUUCUCCUGAUGUAAAGCCACUACAACGAACAAUUUCCUUUGAGACAGGAAUGCAAAGUAGCCUCCUUGCCCUGGCUCUUGCUAAUAAGUUCUUUGAAGAUCCAGUUGUGGGUAUGCCUCCUGCAAUUUCGACUGCAAUUAUGUCUUUGAUGGGAUUUGGUCUUGUUUUGAUAUGGAACAAAAGUGGAAAGCAUGAGACAAAACAGAGCACCUGAAAGGUAUGGAUUUAGAUGUGUGUAUUAUUAUGCACAUUGGGUCCAUCUUGUAUCUUAGCACUGCUGAAUCUAUCCCAAGGAGGAACCAACUACAGGAAGAAGUUUGAUAUCAUACUAUUUAAAAUUAUUUGCAUCACACCACUUCUUCUAACCCAGUUUUUGUAAGGGUCGUGUAGAACCAGUGGUGUGAAAUAAUUGAUACUUGUCUAUUAUUUAUAUUUAAGUGUCUUUCAAAUUUUAGAAACUUCAAGCAAGUUGGUGAUUAACAAAAUCCCACUUCACCAAUAGGAUAUAGCCCAUACAAGACACGGGCUGCUUAAAGAAACAAUGUAUUCCUUAAAUUAUUAUGGAUAGAAAUUCAAUUACUUUUCGAAUAA